AUGAAUAAUACUAAAAUAUUGCUUGUUGGUCUCGGUAAUAAAACCUUACCGAACACAAGGCAUAAUGUAGGAAUGAUGGUACUUGAUUCAAUUGUAAAAUCUUUGGAUUUAACCUGGUCUCAGAACCGAAAUUGGAAAUCAGAUACAACUGAAACGACGAUCAAAGUUGAAAGAAAAGACGAAACAAGAGAAUAUCAAGUAACAUUUUUAAAACCAAGAAAAUUGAUGAAUGUUAGUGGUUCCUGUGUUGCUAAAGCAGUAAAAGACUUGGGUGUUUCUUUACAAAACUUGUACGUAUUUCAUGAUGACAUGCAACGUGAUCUUGGAAAAGUAAAUCUAAAAGAAGGUGGAUCUGCUAAUGGACAUAAUGGGAUCAAAUCUGUCAUUGAAAAUCUGAAGACACAUGAGUUUAAACGUGUGCGAAUAGGCAUAGGUCGUCCACCAGCAGAAAUUGAUGAUCGAUCUUAUGAAGUAGUAGCAGGAUUUGUAUUAGCUAAAUUCACUCAAAAUGAAAUCGAUAAAUUAGAAGAAGUAGUGUAUCCUAUGUGGACCAAGGAUCAAGGAUUAGAAUUAUUAUGUGAUAAAGGUGAAUUGAUCAAGAAGCCUAAAAUUAAAAAUAAAAACAAGAUAGUAGAUCCUAGUAAAUGGGAAAAGAACCAACAAAAAAAGCAAAAUAUAAAUACAAAAGAUAAUGAAGCUGUAAAAGUGUCUGCAGUAAACCUUUAA